CAAAGAGACACAGCUCCCACCGGAGGAUGCUGUGUCCUGACAUUCCGUCGUCGCAUACAUCAUUCAUCAGAGGCACUUUGGGUGCAGCCAUGGCGGCGCUCCUUUCACAUUUCGAUGACGAGUGGCACGAUUUUAAGGAAUUUGAGCCGGUCUCAGAGCAGGGGACUCGGAUGGACCGAGUAAACUUGGUUGCCGAGCAGUUGACAGGCGUUCUGAGGGUCCUUCCAGAGCUCAACAACAGCUUUUCGGGCGAAAUAGGCAGCUUCAAGUCCAUGGAAGAUCUGGUGACUGAUUUCGACGAGAAAUUGGCAGUGUGUUUCCGAAAUGUCAACACCCAAACGGAGAACAUUGCCCCUGUAAACAUUAUCGCCGAGGACACAACGUUGAGGAACGACGAGAUCUGGGAUGCUCUCGCAGAUAAUUAUGGUAAUGUCAUGGCAGUGGAUUGGAAACAGUCUCGAACGCGCUCCCUCCAUCUCCCCACUCUAAUCCUCAAAGACGAACCAAGGGUGGAUGAUGUAACACUGGAGCUGUCCGACGAUGAGCUGAGGGAACAGAUGGACAUGCACACCAUCAUCGUCUCCUGCCUCAAUGACGAACCCCUCUUCACCGCAGAACAGGUUAUUGAGGAGAUAGAGGAGAUGAUGCAGGACUCUCCUGACUUGGGGGCAGAGAAGAACCACCCCUCUCAGUCAGAUCUCUCCAUGCUCUCUCUGGACAUCCAGCGCCCCAGAACAAACCACAGCUAUGAAGAGCGAGAGAUGACCCUGUGUGUAGCAGAGCUGAAUGAGCGACUAGAGGAGGUGGAGAUGGCCAUCAGACAUUACAGUGAGGAGCUGAUUCAACACCUGGCCCUCAGGGACGAGCUGGACUUUGAAAAAGAGGUGAAGAACAGCUUCAUCUCUAUCCUGAUAGAUGUGCAAAACAGACAGAAGGAACACAGGGAACUACUGAAGAAAAAUAAAAAACUCAAGAGUGGUGCCGGGGCCCCGCAGGGCCGACCAGAGAGAACACAAGCACUAGGAUCAUAUCUGACCACAGUCAUUCCAUAUGAGAAGAAAGGAGGCCCUCCAUCGGUGGAAGAUCUUCAGAUCCUUACCCAAAUCCUGCAAGCUAUGAGAGACGACAGUGACAAGGUGCCCAGGCUUCUGACAGACUACAUUCUCAAAGUGCUUUGCCCAACAUAGAGACUGGAAGGACGAUAAUGGACAUUUUGGAAACGAGGUGAGGGAUCUGGUUUCAAUGUCAACAAGCAAAAUGAAGAGGACUCGGUGUAUAAAAAGUAAAAACAUAAGCACACUGAAUUGAUUCUUUAGGAUGCAUGGUAUUUUACCUCAAGUUGCUCCUUUUUGUGUAACACCCCAUAGAUGUUUUAUACCUCAUUCAGUUUUAUUUUCUCUGUGUUGAGCAUGGUGAUUUCAGGUAUUGUUUUAUUGUUUUUACUUUAAGUGCAGUGUAAAAUACAGUACUCAAAGUCAUAAGAAAGAUACUCAUACAUUCUAGUGUAGCAUCUACUAUAUGUGGCUGAUUUCAACAGACUUUUGGACGAUAGGGGAACUUACUUCUUUUGGCCCUGAAGUAAGAUCGAAGCUACUCAUAUCCAAAGGGUUGUGUCUUAAUAUGAUUAACCUAAAUCUGAAGGUCUCAGAAACGACUGAGCACGUGUAAUAUCAGGGAUAUAGAUUUGUUUAAAAGUGCUUCAUUAAUAAAAUAAACCUUGAACUAAAUACUAACAUUGUUCUACACAACUCAGUCCACCAUUUGGCCUCCCUAAAAGCACUGCACAUACAGUGCCUUGCGAAAGUAUUUGGCCCCCUUGAACUUUGCGACCUUUUGCCACAUUUCAGG